UCGUCCUCUCCGCGGCGGAGAGCUGCGUCAUCAGAAGACGUCGGAAGUGCGAGGCGGGAAGGCGCUGGUGGCCGGUGGGGGUUCGAAGUUUUGGGGGGCCGACCCUCCAUCUGUACGAAUGAAGAAAUGACUACUCAGUACAGUAUCCUCUUCAAGCAAGAACAAGCCCAUGACGAUGCCAUCUGGUCCGUCGCUUGGGGCAAAAACAGAAACGACGGCUCUGAGACUGUCAUCUCCGGCUCCCUGGAUGACCUCGUGAAAGUGUGGAAGUGGAAUGAGGAAAAGCUAGACCUCAAGUGGACAUUAGAAGGUCACCAGUUGGGUGUCGUUUCCGUGGAUAUCAGCCACACUGGCACCAUUGCCGCAUCCAGUUCUUUAGAUGCUCAUAUCCGUAUUUGGGAUUUAGACACGGGCAAGCAGAUCAAGUCUAUAGAUGCUGGACCAGUUGAUGCAUGGUCUCUGGCUUUUUCACCGGACUCCCAGUACGUUGCAACAGGCAGUCACAUAGGGAAAGUCAACAUUUUUGGUGUGGAGACUGGAAAAAAAGAAUAUUCCCUGGACACAAGAGGCAAAUUCAUCUUAAGCAUUGCAUAUAGCCCAGAUGGAAAAUAUUUAGCCAGCGGAGCCAUCGAUGGCAUUAUUAACAUCUUUGAUAUUGCAACCGGAAAACUUCUUCACACACUGGAAGGCCACGCUAUGCCUAUCCGUUCCUUGACGUUUUCGCCCGACUCGCAGCUGCUUGUCACCGCUUCCGACGACGGCUAUAUCAAGAUUUAUGACGUGCAGCAUGCAAACUUGGCAGGCACGCUGAGUGGCCAUGCCUCCUGGGUGUUAAAUGUAGCAUUUUGUCCUGAUGACACACAUUUUGUUUCCAGUUCAUCGGACAAAACCGUUAAAGUUUGGGAUGUGCCUUCAAGGACUUGCGUUCAUACCUUCUUUGACCAUCAAGACCAGGUGUGGGGAGUACAAUAUAAUGGAAAUGGUUCAAAAAUCGUCUCAGUUGGUGAUGACCAAGAGAUCCAUAUUUAUGAUUGUCCCAUUUAAACAUCCUUUAUCAACAGAGAUUGUUUUUUUAGAGAUGGUGUUAUGUAGCUUUGUUAACAAGAAUGCUUAACUGGUAAAUCAAUUUUAUUUAUGUAAGGGCAUUUGAUUUUGACAGAAAAUAGGAAAUCCAGUGUACUUACAUUCUUAUGAAUUCUGCUGUUCUGUUUAUGUCAAAACAAAAUAAAUGACAAUUCCUAGUAA